GAAUCUUUGUGUUGCUUUUACUGUUUGUUAUUCAUGCCUUGCAGCUCUCUGAAGACAUCUAGCCACAGACAACUUUUGUUUUCAACUUUCUUUCUUGAAGUUACCAACCUUUAACAUUUAUUUGUUGGAUUAAUUGAGAGUAUUUAUACACUUCUUUGUGACCUGCACCUGCAGUAAUGGAGCAGGAAGCGGUGUCGCAGGAGGCAGCAGAGCCGGCAGAUGGUGGUGCUCGCCGGGCAGCAGCAGCAGCAGGAGGAGGAGGAGGCGAAGGAGGAGGAAGAGGAGCAGCGCUGCUACACUGCACAGGUGCUUGUUGUCAUGGAGGAGCAAAGAUGGCGGUCCUGGCCUAUAGCCUGGGCAAACGAGAAAUAAACCAACAUUUCACCAUCAAAAACGCCAAAUUGAUAUCGCUGGUGCUCGUCGCUUUACUCCUCGUGUUCCACACAGCCUCGCGGUACUAUGGAGGCGGAGACUCAUGUGAAUGGCUGCUUUCCAGAGGACGUUACUUGGGGGAGAACGUAUGGCAGCCGUAUGGCUGCAUGAUGCACAAAUACAAAAGCAUUGAAGCCAAAACCUGCCUUGCUGAAAAGCGAGUGGCCUUUGUCGGUGAUUCACGAAUCAGGCAGCUAUUUUACUCCUUCAUCAAAAUUAUUGACCCAGAGCGAAGAGAAGAUGGAAACAAGCAUGAGGACAUUUCCUUUGCGGUUGAGAGUUCCUCUGUUAAUGUGGACUUCCUGUGGUAUCCAGAGGCAAAUAAUUCAAUGAAGGAGCGCUUGAUAUCAUGGACACACGAAGGUUCAGCAAAGCCAGAUGUUAUCAUCCUCGGAGCUGCAACGUGGUCCAUAAAGUUGCGCGGUGGCAGCAGCGAGACGCUGCAGCAGUACAAAGUCAACCUGACGGCCAUCGCUGUGCACCUGGAGAGGCUGGCUGAGCAUGGAGAGGUCUACUGGGUCCUGCAAGACCCAGUAAAUGAGGAGGUGUUGAGUGAGAACCGGAAAAUGAUCACCAACCAGCAGCUGGAGCUGUACAAUGAGGCGGCGGCGGACGUGCUCAACAGCAGCAAGCGUUACGGCAGGUCCCGGAUCAAGCUGCUGGCUGCGUCCCGCCAGGCUGCGCUGGAGACUAUCGCCCAGUCAGACGACGGCUUGCACCUGCCCGAGAGCACCAGGAAUGUGGGAGCCAUGGUCCUCAUGAACUCUGUGUGCAACAAGCUACUGAGGCCCAUCGACGGCUCCUGCUGCCAGACGUUGCCGCCUCCAAACCUCCUGCAGAAACUGGCGGCGUGUUUCUUCCUGGGCUCGGCCCUGGUCUUCCUGGUCCUCCACGUCCUCGGCAGCAACCGUCACCGCCGACCCGUGCCCCCAGACGUGGAGAGCCUGGAGGAGAAGAAGCCAGCGUCUGCAGCUGUCCCCCUGGGUCCGAAGGCGCCGUUCCAGGCUCUCUGCAGGAUGGGCGUCAUCAUGAGCUAUUUUUACCUUUGUGACAGAGCAGACGUGUUCAUGAAGGAGCAGAAGUUCUACACUCACUCCACGUUCUUCAUCCCUCUCAUUUAUAUAUUUGUCCUGGGAGUGUUCUACAAUGAGAACAGCAAGGAGACCAAACUACUCAACCGAGAGCAAACAGACGAGUGGAAAGGCUGGAUGCAGCUGGUCAUCCUCAUCUAUCACAUAUCUGGAGCCAGCGCAUUCAUUCCAGUGUACAUGCACGUGCGGGUGCUGGUGGCAGCGUACCUUUUUCAGACUGGCUAUGGACACUUUUCCUUUUUCUGGCUCAAAGGAGACUUUGGACUGUAUAGAGUGUGCCAGGUGCUUUUCCGUCUAAACUUCUUGGUCUUGGUGCUGUGCGUGGUGAUGGACAGACCCUACCAGUUCUAUUACUUUGUCCCACUGGUCACCUUCUGGUUCGUCGUCAUCUACGGCACGCUGGCCCUGUGGCCUCAGAUCCUCCAGAAGAAAGCCAAUAGUAGCGGCUUGUGGCACCUAGGGGUCUUGGCGAAGUUACUGGGCCUCCUGCUGUUCAUCUGCAUCUUUGCCUUUUCACAGGAUGUCUUUGAGCAUAUCUUCUCUGUGUGGCCCAUCUCCAAGCUCUUUGAGCUCAACGGAAGAAUCCACGAGUGGUGGUUCAGAUGGAAGCUGGACCGAUUUGCGGUGAUACACGGCAUGUUAUUUGCCUUCAUUUAUCUGGUGCUUCAGAAGCGCCAGGUGCUGUCAGAGGGCAAAGGAGAGGCUCUCUUCUCUGCCAAGAUUUCCAACCUGCUCCUCUUCCUCUCUGUGGUCUCCUUCAUAACUUACUCAAUAUGGGCCAGCAGCUGCAAAACCAAAACAGAGUGCAACGAGAUGCAUCCUUACAUCUCUGUGGUGCAGAUUCUGGCCUUCAUCCUCAUCAGGAACAUUCCUGGCUACGCCCGUUCUAUAUAUAGCUCAUUCUUUGCAUGGUUCGGAAAGAUCUCCUUGGAGCUGUUCAUAUGCCAGUACCACAUCUGGCUGGCAGCAGACACCAAGGGAAUUUUAGUCCUGAUCCCAGGAAACCCUUCACUUAACAUCAUGGUCAGCACCUUCAUCUUUGUCUGUGUGGCUCACGAGAUUUCCAUCAUCACCAACGACCUGGCCCAGGUGGUCAUCCCCAAAGACAGCGUGUCCCUGCUGAAGAGGCUGGGGGCCGUCGGGCUCCUCACUCUGGUUGUAUUGCUGCUGACCAAGGACAGCCAGCACACACCCGGUGCCUGAUGGACACCUUUUUGAUGGGUGUGGGGCGCAGCAGACUCGCCAAGCCCCUGCUGAGAUUGAAGUGAGGUCCAGACCCAAGCCAAGGAGCAGGCCUGGUGUUUUAGCCUCCUAGUGGCCACAGAUGACAAACCUCAUUUGUGUUGAGUGACAACACAGGGACCCCCUGGGAGGACAGUGUCUCUCUGCUGGUUCGAGCAGAGCCUGUACUUUUUGACUGCUGUGAAAGUCACACACUGAAUAAAAGAAAAAAAAUGCUCCAAAAAAGCGGUUGCUCCUUUCAGGGCAAAGUGCAAAAUUGCAAGAAAGAGAAAAAAAGAACAAAAACGUUUACAUUAUCUGGAUUCAAUAGAAGAGCAGAGGAGAAAUUUGGAGAUCUUAUGUAAAACAAAAAAGAGGUCCUCAGACCUCAUUGCUUGCUGUGUGAAUUUUCGCUUCUAUUUAGCCAAACCCACUAAUAAGAAGUUUAUUUUGUCACAUUCAGUACUUCCGAUCAUAACUUCACUCUGGAAGGCGAUCACUAGGCACACACACACUCCGUCCACACGGCAGUAGCAGUUGAAGGUGUUUUCACUCAGGUGGAUCCAUAAUCUACAUAUUCAGAUGUGUAAAAAAAUAAAAAAAAAAAAAAACAAUUUAAAAUUGUGCUGCAUUUUAUUAUCAACAUUACUUUGUACAGUAUUUCUGGUAAAAUAGUGUUAGAUAUCUAAAUAUGCAAAAUAUGGACCAACAACUGGCUUGGGUGAUCAAAAAAAAACUGUCUAAAAAAAUUUGGAGUGCAAUUGUUAAAAUGUUGGAUUAUCCCUCGACAUAUUUUUGCUAAUGUUUUUUGUGAGUGAUUUUAGAAAUGUUCGCCUUGUGCUGAAAGGUACCGUGGUCACCUGCUGUAGCUCUGAAAUUCUAUGUGAUAUGUACAGUAUUUAAUGAUUUAAAUUAAGCUUAUAUUUUAUACAGUUUUUGUUUUGGGGUCGGGAGGGAUUGUUUUAUUUUGUACUUUGCGCUCAUGACUGCUGUUUGUGAAGGAAGUAUUACAUGGAUAAUUUUGUACCCAUCCCAGCAUUUCAUAGAUGAUCACUUGCCUCAGAGACGCAUUGCGGAGGUCGAGCCUUUUACAGUCUAAUACCCGUCUGUCCUGUUAGCUCACUUCAUAGUCUGUCCGUGUAUAUUUGUAUGAUAGAGUGAGAGACUUUAUUUUAUACAGCAUUCUUCUUCUUUCAUUGCCGUUAAAAAAAAAAACAUGCCUCUUACAGAAGCUCUGGUGGACACUGGCUUGCACACGUUAAAUGUACAUCCUCCCUCUGCUGUCACAGCCGGUGAACUUUUUAGUCAGUGAGUGAGUGAAAAAGUGAUUUCUUAGACUGAAUGCCUUUUGGAACAUACAGCUUCUAUACAUACAGUACAUCUGUGACGUAGCCUGUAAUCACAUCAACGUUUAAAAACUUCUUAACGAUGCGUCGAAUGAGCUGAGAAGACAUAUUACUGUCCCUUAAAGGAAAAUAUUGUAUAUUUUGUCAGCUGAUAAAUGGGUGACGUCUCUUUGACCUCUAUAACCUCACAGACAUUUAAGAGAGUUUAGCACUUUCAUUUGAAGACCUGCUUUUUCUUUUCAUCUUUUGCAGUGAAAUACGAUGUUUAACAUGGUACCAGUGCAGACACUUUCUGAACUUUAGCACAUUUUUUAUUGGGUAAAUGAAACGUUUUGUCAAGGUAAUUUGGCAAAUACAAAAAAAAAAAAAUAAUGUCCGAUCCAAGCUGUGUUGCUUUUUCGUUUUGAGUUGCAUGUUUUAUCUACCAUGGUAGCAAAAAGAUUGCUUUGUCGGUUAUUUUCUACACAUUUAUGUAGCUUCAUGGGUCCACAAAGAAUUAAUUUCUUCUUUUUACAGUGGAACAAUUUGUCUACGGCGUUCGAGGCGUCUGGUGUCAUCUAUCUGAUGAUGUGCAGUUUAGUUUGUGUUCUCACAACUGAACAAGAGCAAAGUCAAUUUGUAAUUUCUAUAACCACCUCAUUGUAUAGAUGAGAACGUCAUUUUCAUCAAUAUGUGAAGUUUACUGAUCUCGUCUAUUACUGAUCAACAGCUAUAAAUUUGGUAAUUAUUUCAGGCCUUAAUAGAUCUUUUUGGUCGUGUAAAAGCAACAACUAUUUAUACCCCUGUUCAGGGCCUAUUUGAAAUAUGUUACAUGUAAAAAAAAAAAAAAAUUGUGAUGUCUUAAAAAAAUGUGAAAUGUAUCCAUAUUAUUUAUAAAUGCCUUUAUUCUGUUGUACAUUGUUAAUAAUACCUUCAUAAAAUGUGUUUUUUGGCUUCUUUUUUGGACAAAAAUAUACCUUUCAUGUCAUUCAGACAU